AAUUUUUAUAUCUGCACUGAGGAACUACUUCAGACGUGUAAGAUCAAAAAUAUAUAUUUUUUUCUUUUUAAUCAAGAUGGACUCGGUUGAUACUGAUAAUAUCAAUUUAUUAAUCAUGAAUAUUCCAUUUUAAACAGUCGUUUAACAAAGCUUACAUUCCUAUGCGAUUCAUGCUAUCAACAUCCAGAAAACUAUGUUCCACGAAGAAAGCAAACGAAACAUUUGCGUUGCUCAAAUGUUUAGAUAAUAGCCUACACGAAUUGGCUGUAGCAUAGUCCACCACGUUUUGGGGGUAUUUUACAAUUUGGAAAGCUCCGUGAAGUGGAGUCCCGUUCUAUCCUACUUGCUUUGAAGGCAUCACAGCCCCACCUCCUCCCAGCUCUGGAGGUGAUUAGGAGACUCUGGACUAGCCCAGAGACGCCGCUCCAGCCACUCCCUACACCCGGCAGACCCUGCGCUCUCAAGUCCAUCCAGAGCUCCAUUCAGAAGUGCCAAGCUCCGGAUGAGAGCCUCGUUCAGCCCCAUCCAGCACGGCACACUCGAGUUGAAGUAAAGUCAGCGGGGAAGGGCUUCAGGAGCCGCUCCACACCUCUGGAUCAUACUUUUUUUGUUUUGUGUCCGCGGAGUGGAUUUUAGGAACAGAGGGAGCAACUCUUGCAGAAAUAGAGAGGGGGACACCUGGAGCCAAGAUGGAGGUGAAGACGUCACUUCUAGACAACAUGAUUGGGGUGGGGGACAUGGUCCUUCUCGAGGUCCUGACCGAAGACUCAUUUAUAGAGAACCUAAGGAAACGCUUUGACCACAACGAGAUCUAUACAUACAUUGGCAGUGUGGUGAUCUCCAUGAACCCCUACAGGCCCUUGCCCAUCUACACGCCAGAGAAAGUGGAGGAGUACCGCAACAGGAACUUCUAUGAACUCAGCCCACACAUCUUUGCGUUGGCGGAUGAGGCCUACCGUUCACUGAGGGACCAGGACAAGGACCAGUGCAUCCUCAUCACAGGGGAAAGUGGGGCUGGGAAAACCGAGGCCAGUAAGUUGGUGAUGUCGUAUGUGGCAGCGGUGUGUGGGAAGGGCCAGGAGGUGAACAAGGUCAAGGAACAGCUGCUGCAGUCCAAUCCCGUGCUGGAGGCUUUUGGAAAUGCCAAAACCGUGAGGAACGACAACUCGUCCAGAUUUGGCAAGUACAUGGACAUUGAGUUUGACUUCAAAGGAGAUCCCCUGGGCGGAGUCAUCAGCAACUAUCUGCUGGAGAAGUCACGUGUGGUGAAACAGCCAAGAGGAGAGAGGAACUUCCACAUCUUUUAUCAGCUCUUGUCCGGAGCCUCAGACGACACACUCAAGAGGCUAAAGCUGGACCGGGACUUCAGCAAGUACAACUACUUGAGCCUGGACUCUGCCGCAGUCAACGGGCUGGAUGAUGCUGCCAACUUCAGGACAGUCAGAAAUGCCAUGCAGAUCGUGGGCUUCAUGGAGGACGAGGUGCAGUCGGUGCUGGAGCUGGUUGCGGCCGUGCUGAAGCUCGGCAACAUCGAGUUCAAGCCAGAGUCACGCAGCAACGGCACCGACGAGAGCCGCAUAAAGGACAAAAACGAUCUGAAGGAGAUGUGUGAGCUGCUGGGGAUCGAACAGUCGGUGCUGGAGAGGGCGUUCAGCUACCGCACAGUAGAGGCCAAGAUGGAGAAAGUCGCCACCACCCUGAAUGUGGCGCAGGCCUACUAUGCCCGAGAUGCCCUUGCCAAAAACCUCUACAGUCGUCUGUUUACCUGGCUAGUUAGCAGGAUCAACGAAAGCAUAAAAGCACAAGCUAAAACUCGGCACAAGGUCAUGGGUGUACUGGACAUCUAUGGCUUUGAGAUUUUCGAGGAUGGAGACAACAGCUUCGAACAGUUCAUCAUCAACUACUGCAAUGAGAAGCUGCAGCAGAUCUUCAUCGAGCUGACCCUGCGCGAGGAGCAGGAGGAAUACAUCAGAGAGGGCAUUGAGUGGACCAACAUCGAAUAUUUCAACAAUGCUAUUAUCUGCGACCUCAUUGAGAACAACCAAAACGGCAUCUUGGCAAUGUUGGAUGAAGAGUGUCUGAGGCCUGGAACGGUCACUGACGAGACCUUCUUGGACAAGCUGAACACCAUCUGUGCUGAACACCAGCACUUUGAGAGCCGCCUAAGCAAGAACUCAAAGUUCCUCAACGACCACAGUCUGCCUCACAGUUGCUUCCGCAUCCAGCAUUAUGCCGGGAAGGUACUUUACCGCGUCGAGGGCUUUGUGGACAAGAACAAUGACCUGCUGUAUCGCGACCUGUCACAGGCCAUGUACAAGGCCAACCACAGCCUCAUCAAACAGCUCUUCCCUGAAGGCAACCCAGCCAAAGUCAACCUGAAGAGGCCGCCCACUGCAGGAUCCCAGUUCAAAGCAUCAGUGGGCACGCUGAUGAGGAACCUGCAGACCAAGAACCCAAACUACAUCCGGUGUAUCAAACCCAAUGACAAGAAGGCAUCCCACGUCUUCACCGAGUCUCUGGUCCGCCAUCAGUCGCGCUACUUGGGCCUGAUGGAGAACGUCCGCGUGAGGAGAGCAGGCUACGCCUUCCGCCAGCCCUACGAGUCCUGCCUGGAACGCUACAAAAUGCUCUGCAAAAGAACAUGGCCACACUGGAAGGGGCCUGCUAGGGAAGGAGUGGAGGUGCUCAUGGGCGAGCUCCCGGUCCCAGCAGAAGAGUACUCCUAUGGCCGCUCCAAGAUCUUCAUCAGGAACCCAAGAACGCUCUUUUUCUUGGAGGAGAGGAGGAGGCAGUGCCUGCAGGAGCUCGCCACGCUCAUUCAGAAGAUCUACCGCGGGUGGAAGUGGCGCACAUAUUUCCUGCGGCUGAAAAAGAGCCAGAUAGUGGUGUCUGCGUGGUACCGCCGAUAUGCGCAACAAAAGAAGUACGACAAGAUCAAGAGUUCCACCAUUGUGAUGCAGUCUUACAUCAGAGGGUGGCAGGCACGCAAACUCCUGAGACGUUUGAAAUAUCAGAAGAGGUGUGAGGAGGCGGUGACCACCAUCACAGCGUACUGGCACGGCACCCAGGCACGGAUGGAACUGAGACGUCUAAAACAAGAAGUGCGGAAUAAACACGCCGUGACAGUUAUUUGGGCGUACUGGCUGGGAACCAAGGCCCGGAGAGAGCUGCGUCAGCUGAAGGAGGAGGCGAGGAAUAAACAUGCCGUAUCGGUCAUUUGGGCCGGCUGGCAGGGCACCAAGGCUCGCAGGGAGCUCAGGAGACUGAAGGAAGAGGCCAGGCGUAAGCACGCUGUCGCUGUGAUUUGGGCCUACUGGCAGGGACUGAAGGUACGCAGAGAGUACAGAAAAUACUUCAGGGCAAAUGCCGGCAGGAAGAUCUAUGAGUUUACCAUCCAGAGGAUUAUGCAGAAAUACUUCCUGAGCCUGAAGAGCUCCAUGCCCUCCAAGUCACCCAUCGAUAAGAACUGGCCUGCCAGGCCUUACCUCUUCCUGGAUGCAGUCCACACAGAGCUCCGGAGAAUCUUCCAUCUCUGGAGGUGUAAGAAAUACAGGAGCCAGUUCACAGAGGAGAAGAAGGCAGUGUACGAGGAGAAGCUGGAGGCAAGUAAGCUCUUCAAGGAUAAAAAGGCACUCUACCCAAGCAGCGUGAGUCAGCCUUUCAAAGGAGACUACCUGGAGAUCAGAAAAAACCCUAAGUAUCAAAAACUCAACAGCGCUGUGGAGGAGAAGGUGCUGCUGGCUGAUGUGGUCAACAAGAUCAACAGGGCUAAUGGCAAGGGCACGGCUCGGAUCUUCCUGUUGACUAAGAAGAAUUUCGUUCUGGCCGACCAGAAGACGGGUCAGGUGAAAGCCAGCGUCCCUCUGCCUGACCUCACCAGUGUGUCAGUCAGCACGCAGAGCGACGGCUUCUUUGCUCUUCGGCUCAAAGAGGGGUCGGCGUCGGCUGUCAAAGGAGACUUCCUACUCAGCAGCGAACACCUGAUUGAAAUCAUCACCAAGCUCCAUCGCAUUGGAGCCACGGCCGCAGACAGGGAGCAGAUCGACAUCGACAUCUCAGACGAGUUCCUGGUGCAGUUCAAACAGGACAAAGUCUGCGUGAAGUUCGUCCAGGGGGUGGCAAAGAACGGCAACAGCGUGUCCUGCAAGCGCAAGAACAACCGGCUGCUGGAGGUGUCUGUGCCGACAAAGGCAUAGAUGGAGCAGUGCCCCCUCUCUCUGCCUCCACUGCUGUUCACUGAUGCUCAGUGUGUGGGUGACUAAAAAAAAAAAGAAAAAAAAAACAUGAAAAAAAAAAAAUGGCAAACCACCACCCACUCCAAAACUCUGAACUCUGGAAAAUGUGCAGUAAUUCGGCUUCCAGUCUCUUCUCUAUCAGAUUUAUCACGGCACCACUAUAGCUGUAACCACAUGACACUUUUUUUUGGCAAAGAAAGCCCUAAUAAUUCGGGUUGCAUGCCACAGAAAAUUUAGUGAAAUGUUUUACCGGUGUUCUGUAAACCUGGGGUUAAGAGUUGAAGAGUUGGUGCACAUGAGACGUCUGUAUACCAGCGGUGAUGAUUACGAUGAUUGUUGUGCCUGUAUGGUAAAAAAUUAGUCUUUAACGAGAGCAUUGCUGUAAGAACUGUGGUGACAACUGGUCUAGACUCAUCUGCUGUUAAGCAGAUCUGGCUUUUUAAGGUGAUGGCUUAAACUUUAGAGGUGAACCUUGGGUCCAAUUUUGCUCUCUGACAAACUUGAACUCUGCACUUGCUUUCACCUAACCUGAAAAUGAAUUUGAUUGUAUAUUAUUUUCUCUCUCUCUAUAUAUAUAUUAUUAUUUUUUUCUCAGAAAGAAAGCACAGCAGGCGGUUGAGGAGUCAAAUGUAAUUUCCUUCCUUUCGUCCCGUUCCUAUGUGCCAUUGAACAGGUCCCAUGACUUGUCAUGCAUCGAUGUACAAUACACAGAACCAUACAGGGGAUUUAUCCCAAUCAUUUACCAUUGUUAUUAAUGUAAAUGCCAAAAAGACUAAGAAUAGGGAUUGUAUCAGCCUGUGGAGACGAUUUGUCUCAUCAGCACUGCAUUGAAUCAGUUCCUACUUUCUUACAUAGUCAUUUCUUUUGAUUUCCAAGCAUUAGUAAAUUUCACUAAUUGUAAUCCAAAUCCAUAAAAUAUCCAUACAGUGACUUGUAUGGAUUUUUAGAAAAGGAAAAAAACAAACAAAACAGAAUUACACAGGACUGACAAACUCGGUAAAGACGUGGCACUUAAAGUGAAAUGACCCAAUCACAGGGAACCAAGGUACCCAAUUCCAUAAAAUUAUCAUCAGAUUCAAAGCUUUCCUCGGCACAAAGUGAAACCCUAAUAAGUGAUAUUUUGUGUGCAAUAAGUAAAAGUUCUGUCUUUCCUUCAAAAAAAACAGUAGUGCGAACUGAUAGCGGCUGCCCUGCCUGUGCCAUAAGCUGUACAUAGGCUAUAUAGCUUGUAUCCCCGACAUGGUCAAAGUGUUGUUUAGUAUCCUCAUUUUAAUUGCUGUGUCUGUAAAAUAGCUGUUUUUGCUAGUGCAGCUUCAGUUAUUAUAGUGCACUCUGACCUAACGCGUAUUGUUCAAGGGGAAAGACCAAAUAUGAAGCGUGAAUGAAGAAGCCGACUAGUUUUUAACUUUUACAACUUUUGCAGAAAUCAUUUGGUAUUGAUGAUUGAUUUACAGAAACGAGACAGAUUUGAGUAUCAAAGGAGCAAAAAGUGCGAUAUUUUCUGGCAUGUUGACUAUGAUAUUAUAUAUUUGGCUAUACUGGUAGAGGAUUUUGUACUCCUGGUGACUGUGCGAGGGAAUAACAUAACCAAACCUGGUGUAAGUCAUGUUUUGCAGUCUUGGGCAUCUCGGUUUGUAAGUUGAUUCGUAACCUUUUUUUCAAUGUCACACGCAACACAGGGAUUUGAUCAGUUGUUGUCCUCCGCGUGCGAGCGAUCGAGCCGAGUGCCACUUUUGAUGUAUUUUUCUUCCACGGCUGCACUGUUUGUGCGUGGUUUUGCUACGGUAACAUGUUCUCUCUCUUCUCUCUGUUUUGUAUUUGAAUAAUGGCAAGAGCUGCGAAACGAUGUCUGCAUUCUUGUGUGCCUCAUGUAAGCCUGUGUUAAGAGACGUGUUUCAGUAGAACUUUGUGUCAUUUACAAGUAAUCUUUUUUUAAAUUAAACAAAAAUCAGUAAUAAAUAAAUAAGUAAAUAAAUGUUGA